AGGAUGCCGGUUCUUACAAGCCCCGAAAUCGCCGACAAGUUUAAAGAGAAAUGGCUGAUGGUUUACCCGGAGGAUCAGGUCACCGGGUCCGACUCUGCCCCCCUUGACGACAGCCUCACCAGCCUCCACUGGCUCCAGAAUUUCUCCAUCGUCAGCGCGGAUCCGGAGCGGCCCAACGGAGCUGGACCGGGUUGUCCGUCCUCCCAGCAGCAUCUCUGUCUGAAGCGUCUCGGCUUCCCCAGAGGGGGCACAGACUCUCCGUCCAGCCCACCGGCCGGGGACACCGCAGCCACUGGGAUGCCUCUUUACCUCGGGAGCCCCGUCACCUCCGGCAGCGACUCCAACGCAGCCCCGCGGUUCGCUAAUUGCGCACAUCCCAGUGGCAGCUACCCACAGAUCCAGAUCCAGGCCAGCCCGCCGGUGGAGAUCGACUAUAAAACCAACCCAAAAGUUAAACCACCUUAUUCCUACGCAUCUCUCAUCUGCAUGGCCAUGCAGGCCAGCAAACAGCCAAAAGUGACUCUGUCCACCAUCUAUAACUGGAUAACGGAGAAUUUCUGCUACUACAGACAUGCGGAGCCCAGCUGGCAGAACUCGAUUCGUCACAACCUGUCCCUCAACAAGUGUUUCAAGAAGGUCCCCAGACAGAAAGAUGAGCCGGGGAAGGGAGGCUUCUGGCAGAUUGAUCCCCAGUAUGCUGACAUGUUUGUGAAUGGCAUCUUCAAACGCAGAAGGAUGUCUGCGAACAGCUACAACAGCAGCAGCAGUGGCACCCACAGACAGAGCAAACUGGUUCAGGGUUAUCACAGCACCCAAAAUGGCUGCCAUUACCAAAGUGGCAAACGGAAGCACCUGACCACUAAAAACAGCAACAACAAGAUGAUGAGGGCAACUGACUCCCCGCUUUUAGCCUCAGAAGCCCACAAAGCAGACAUCCUUAGGGGGGACUUUGACCUGGCAUCCGUGUUUGAUGACGUCCUCAGUGGGAACUGUAGCACCUUCGAGGAUUUAGACAUCAACACAGCGCUGAGCUCCCUGGGCUGCGAGAUGGAGCUUUCCAUGCAGGGGAGGCAGCACUCUGCGGGGCUGGGGAGGUGGUGCGGAGGAGGGGACCUCAUGGGUCAGAGCCAACACCUGAAUCACCAUCAGUCCUAUGGCUACAUGGACCUGAGCACUGCUUCCAUGGAGUGCCAGGUGAACAUGGGAGAGCUUCAUGUGGUGCAGCAGCACCUACAGCCACGGCUGGACCAGGAUCAGCUGCUCCAGAGCCAUCACCACCUGCAGCAGUUCGACGAGGCCUCCACGCUAUUCCCCGAGCGACCUGAGGAGGUGGUGCUGCAGCCGUGGGAGGAGAUCAAAGAAGAGGCGCAGGCCAUUCCUCUGACUCUGGAUCAGGGCUUUGGCCUGUGCGAGGGCUUCUUCACAGAGAUGCAGCCAUGGGAACGGGUGGAGGCCUAUCUGUGA